AUGGGCCUCUUGGAGAAGCCGUAUGAUUUAAUUAUUGAAGAGGAUAUUCCCGACGAGUACUCCCCAUAUAAGGCUGAGAGCGGUUAUGGCUGGGCGGAAGCCUUGCCUCAGAAGCAGGGCCUCUACGACCCGGAGCUCGAGAAGGAUGCCUGUGGUGUAGGCUUCACUGCUCAUAUCAAAGGAAAGGCGAGCCAUAAAAUUGUCAGCGAUGCACGAGGGUUACUUUGCAAUAUGACCCAUCGAGGGGCGGUAGGCUCCGAUGCCCGAGACGGUGAUGGCGCCGGUGUCAUGACCAGUAUUCCCCAUAAAUUCUUUGUGAAACAUUUUGCCAGAGAUAUCGAUAUUAUUCUUCCGCCAUUGGGACAAUAUGCGGUGGGGAAUCUCUUUUUUAAGCCAGACCUUGUAGCUCUGAAGGAGUCCCAGGCUACAUUUGAGAAUCUUGCUAAAGAGCUGAACCUUCGAGUUCUUGGGUGGAGAGAAGUGCCACAUGAUUCAACCAUACUUGGCCCUGCUGCUCUGUCUCGUGAACCAUUCAUUUACCAACCCAUCGUUGUCCUUCAUUACGCAUAUGGGGAUGGUAAUACUCCCCUUGAAACCCACGCUGACCUCUUCGAUGAGCGGCUUUUUGAACGGCAGCUGUAUUUAUUGCGGAAACGAGCCACUCAUAUCCUUGGGCUUGCCAAUUGGUUUUACCUUUGUUCCCUUAGUAAUAAGAACAUCGUAUACAAGGGACAAUUGGCCCCUGUUCAGGUUUAUGAAUAUUAUCACGAUCUCGUUUCAGUGGAUUAUGAAGGUCACUUUGCGCUGGUUCACUCUCGAUUCUCCACAAACACCUUCCCUUCGUGGGAUCGUGCACAGCCUCUCCGAUGGGCAGCUCACAACGGUGAAAUAAACACCCUUCGUGGAAACAAGAAUUGGAUGAGGGCGAGAGAAGGUGUACUUAAAUCAGAAAUAUUCGGAGAGGAGUUGGACCUCCUCUACCCCAUUGUAGAAGAUGGUGGCUCCGACUCUGCAGCGUUUGACAAUGUGCUAGAGCUGCUGACGAUUAACGGCGUGCUCUCACUCCCCGAAGCAGUCAUGCUAAUGAUACCUGAAGCCUGGCAGGACAAUCCCGCCAUGGACACAACAAAGGCCGCCUUUUAUGAAUGGGCAGCCUGCCAGAUGGAGCCUUGGGAUGGUCCGGCCCUAUUCACUUUCUCUGAUGGUCGAUACUGCGGCGCCAAUUUGGAUCGUAAUGGUCUUAGGCCAUGCAGAUAUUAUAUUACGGACGAUGAUAGAAUCAUCUGUGCAUCCGAAGUUGGUGCUCUCUAUAUCGACCAGGAGCGUGUAAUCGAAAAGGGUCGUUUGCAACCUGGGAAAAUGCUUCUUGUCGAUACUGUUGCUGGAAGGAUUAUCGAUGAUGCAGAAUUAAAGCAAACUGUUGCAAGUCGCCAGCCAUUCGCCGAAUGGAUUGAGAAACAGCUCCUCAGCCUGCCGAAAAUCCACCAGAAAUUCAUCGACAACAAAACAAUCGAGCUUUCACCUAAGUUAGAUGGAUUGACCGUGCAGCAAGAUCCACGACUGAAGGCAUUCGGGUAUACUUUUGAACAAGUCAGCUUACUCCUAGGCCCAAUGGCUGCGGACUCUAAAGAGGCACUUGGUUCAAUGGGUAACGAUGCUCCUCUUGCUUGCAUUGCCCAGCAGCCGCGUCUCAUGUACGAAUACUUCCGCCAACUCUUUGCCCAAGUCACCAAUCCCCCUAUCGAUCCUAUCCGUGAGGCUAUAGUCAUGUCUUUGGAGUGUUAUGUCGGCCCCCAAGGCAAUCUGCUUGAGAUCGAUGAAGCACAGUGCCAUCGUCUUCACCUCCCAUCCCCUAUUCUCUCGCUUAGUGAAUUCGACGCUAUAAAAAACAUCACCUCCCUUCACAAAGACUGGCCUGUAAGAAUCAUUGAUAUCACCUUUGAGAAAUCAAAUGGAGUCCAGGGGUAUCUUGACGCACUCGACGCUAUAUGUGAAUCAGCUACUGCAGGCAUCGAGAAUGGUGAUCGUGUUUUGAUUUUGUCUGAUCGAGCUACUUGCACUGACCGAGUUCCUGUAUCUGCACUCUUGGCUACCGGCCUAGUCCACCACCACCUUGUUCGCAAUAAAUGGCGUUCAUUAGCUGCCCUUGUAGUAGAAACUGCUGAAGCUCGCGAAGUUCAUCAUAUGUGUGUUCUUGUUGGUUAUGGUGCUGAUGGAAUCUGUCCGUACCUUGCAUUAGAGUGCAUACUUAAAAUGAACCGCGAUGGUCUAAUCCGCAAGAAGCUUACAGAUGACCAGGUUGUCAAUAACUACAAACAUUCUGUUGACGGAGGUAUCCUGAAGGUAAUGAGUAAAAUGGGUAUUUCCACAUUGCAGAGUUAUAAGGGAGCGCAGAUUUUUGAGGCCCUUGGUAUCGAUGACAGUGUCAUUGAUAGAUGUUUUGUUGGAACAGCGAGCAGGAUUCGAGGAAUGACGUUUGAAACAAUUGCGCAGGAUGCAUUUGCUUUUCAUGAAAAAGGAUUCCCAUCUCGACAAAUUACCGAAAUACCUGGCCUUCCUGAAUCCGGAGAAUACCACUGGCGAGACGGAGGAGAGCCACAUAUCAACGACCCAGUCAGCAUUGCCAAUAUGCAAGAUGCCGUCCGUACCAAAAACGACAAAUCAUAUGAAGCAUAUGCUAAGGCAGAAUAUGAGCAGAUCAAGAACUGCACAUUGCGUGGAAUGCUAGAGUUCGAUUUUGAGCAACGGAUGCCUGUCCCAAUUGACCAGGUUGAGCCAUGGACUGACAUUGUCCGUCGUUUUGUCACCGGUGCCAUGUCUUAUGGAUCUAUCUCCUUUGAAUCCCAUUCCACCCUUGCUAUUGCUAUGAACAGGCUUGGUGGUAAAUCUAAUACUGGUGAAGGUGGUGAGGAUGCCAAUCGUAGCAAGAUCAACGAGAACGGCGACACAAUGAGAUCUGCUAUCAAACAGAUUGCUUCUGGCCGAUUUGGCGUCACUUCCAGCUAUCUAGCUGAUGCAGAUGAACUGCAAAUCAAGAUGGCCCAAGGUGCUAAGCCUGGUGAAGGAGGUGAAUUGCCUGGUCAUAAAGUCACUGGGUCUAUUGCACAUACCCGACAUUCUACCCCUGGUGUCGGUUUGAUCUCUCCCCCACCACACCAUGAUAUCUACUCUAUUGAAGAUCUUAAACAACUUAUUUAUGAUCUCAAAUGCUCUAAUCCUCGUGCUCGUGUUUCUGUCAAGCUUGUUUCAGAGGUUGGUGUCGGUAUUGUUGCAUCCGGAGUUGCAAAGGCUAAAGCAGAUCAUAUUCUUAUUGCUGGCCACGACGGAGGUACAGGUGCUUCUCGAUGGACUGGUAUCAAAUAUGCUGGUUUGCCAUGGGAGCUAGGUUUGGCUGAGACUCAUCAGACUUUGGUCCUAAAUGACCUACGUGGGCGUGUCAUCGUUCAGACUGACGGGCAGCUCAGAACCGGUCGAGAUAUUGCUAUUGCCUGUUUGCUAGGGGCCGAGGAAUGGGGAUUUGCAACUGCUCCAUUGAUCGCAAUGGGAUGCGUCAUGAUGAGAAAAUGUCACUUGAAUACUUGCCCUGUCGGAAUAGCAACCCAGGACCCUGUCCUGCGGGAGAAAUUCCAGGGCAGCCCUGAGCAUGUUAUCAACUUCUUCUACUACAUUGCUAACGAGCUUCGUGCAAUCAUGGCUAAGCUCGGUUUCCGAAGUAUUAACGAGAUGGUUGGACGAGCCGAGCUUCUCAAGAUCAGGGAUGACCUAGCAUCUACUCGCAUGCAAAACAUCGACCUUUCUCUUAUACUAACUCCCGCGCACUCCCUCAGGCCCGGAGUGGCAACUUAUAACGUGAGAAAACAGGAUCAUCGCCUUCAUACUCGCCUAGAUAACAAACUCAUUGCAGAGGCGGAAUUGGCUUUAGAAAAGGGGCUUCCCUGCAGAGUCGAGUGUGAUAUUGUUAACACAGACCGUGCUAUGGGUGCCACGCUCUCCUAUCAAAUCAGUAAACGAUAUGGGGAAGCUGGACUACCUCAGGAUACUAUCCAUGCCAACAUCAGAGGAUCCGCGGGGCAGUCUUUCGGAGCCUACCUGGCCCCUGGUGUCACGCUUGAACUUGAGGGUGAUUCGAAUGACUAUGUUGGGAAGGGUUUAUCUGGAGGUCGUCUCAUCAUUUACCCUCCUCGCGGUGCUGUAUUCCAAGCGGAAAAAAAUAUCAUUAUCGGAAAUGUCUGCUUGUAUGGCGCCACUAGUGGAAACUGCUACUUCCGUGGUGUUGCUGCUGAACGGUUUGCUGUUCGUAACUCUGGUGCAACUGCUGUUGUUGAAGGAGUUGGCGAUCAUGGCUGGCGAAAUUUCGCUGCCGGUAUGUCUGGUGGUAUUGCAUAUAUUCUUGAUACUGCUGGAGAUUUUCAUCGGAAAGUCAACAUAGAGAUGGUUGAGCUGUCUGGCGUUGAGGACCCCGCUGAAAUUGCUUUCUUGCGUGGACUGAUCGAAGACCAUCACCAUUACACUGGUUCUGAGAUUGCAGCCAGGGUCUUGGUUGAUUUCAACAAAGCCUUGUCGCAUAUUAUAAAGGUUCUGCCAACAGAUUAUAAGCGAGUGCUCGAGGAGGAAGCAGCCAAAGUUGAGGCAGCUAAGAAAUUAGAACUCACACAAUCAAGCUCUCGUCAAAAACUUGUAGUAAAGCAAGAUGAAACGGCAGACUAUAAACAUCGUGGCCAAUCUCAACCCAAGGCUGAUCUUCUGGACAUUGAAGAUAGUAUUGGUGAUGCCAAAACAGAGAAAAAGCGUACUGCUUUGAUCUUAGACAAGACAAAGGGUUUCAUGAAGUAUGCCAGGCGUCAUGAAAAGUAUAGGAGCUCAAGGACUCGUACUCGUGAUUGGCAAGAGCUAUCACCACGACUUACAGAGGAUGAGUUGAAAUAUCAAUCUGCCAGAUGCAUGGACUGCGGUGUCCCAUUCUGUCAGUCCGAUACUGGCUGCCCAAUUUCAAAUGUCAUUCCAAAGUGGAAUGAGCUUGUAUUCCAGAAUCAAUGGCAAGAUGCACUCAACAGGCUACUCAUGACAAACAAUUUCCCAGAGUUUACCGGCCGUGUUUGCCCAGCUCCAUGUGAAGGUGCCUGUGUUCUUGGAAUUGUCGACGAUCCAGUUGGCAUCAAGUCGAUCGAAUGUGCUAUUAUUGACAGAGGAUUUGAGAUGGGCUGGAUGGUCCCGAAACAGCCUCCCAGCCGGACUGGAAAAUCUGUUGCAAUCAUUGGAUCUGGUCCUGCUGGUUUGGCUGCUGCAGACCAGCUAAACCGCACUGGACACAGUGUGACGGUGUAUGAACGUGCGGACCGUGUUGGAGGUUUGUUGAUGUAUGGAAUCCCAAAUAUGAAGUUGGACAAGAAAGUUGUCCAGAGACGAGUAGAUUUCAUGGCAGCUGAAGGCAUCAAAUUUGUCACUGGCACAGUCGUUGGCCCAGACCAGGAAGUGUCUCUCCAAUCCCUUCAAAAGGCGAAUGAUGCUGUGGUCAUUGCUACAGGUGCUACCGUUGCGCGAGACCUGAAAAUUCCAAAUCGCAAUCUGGGGGGAAUCCAUUUCGCCAUGGAAUUCCUGCACCGCAACACAAAGUCACUGCUCGACUCUGAGCUAAGCGAUGGCGAGUAUAUCUCCGCAAAGGGCAAGGACGUCAUCGUAAUUGGUGGCGGCGAUACUGGCAACGAUUGUAUUGGAACUUCAGUUCGUCACGGUGCGAAAUCCGUUACCAACUUCGAGCUUCUACCUCAACCUCCACAGGAGCGUGCUCGCGACAACCCAUGGCCCCAGUGGCCACGAAUAUACCGUAUAGACUACGGGCACAGCGAAGUCAAGACACACAUGGGCAAAGAUCCACGAGAAUUCUGUGUCAUGUCGAAGGAGUUUGUUGGCGAUGAAAAGGGCCAUGUCAAAGGCAUUAAUAUAGUCCGAGUAGAGUGGACAAAGAGUGCUUCGGGCGGAUGGGAUAUGAAGACCAUCGAGGGCAGUGAACAGUUCUUCCCUGCCGACCUUGUCCUCCUCUCAAUGGGCUUCUUGGGCCCUGAGGACCGACUUCUAGGAGAUAAGAUCGAAAGAGAUGCACGGAAGAAUAUCAAGACUCCUACUGGCCACUAUUCAACCAAUAUUCCUGGAGUGUUUGCUGCUGGGGAUUGUAGGCGUGGACAGUCUCUUAUUGUCUGGGGUAUCAAUGAAGGCCGACAAGCCGCUCGUGAAAUCGACUCGUAUCUCAUGGGUAGCGCAUCUUAUCUUCCAGCAAGUGGAGGAAUCGUUCGGCGUCCGGCAAUAGAGGCUGUUCCCCCGAGCCAAAUGGAGAUACCGAUAGUCGCGGCGUAA